AUCUAAGUGGUUCUUGUCAAGUGUGUCUUGUUGCAGCGUUCGACCUUCGUCCUGGGAAGAGCUCUGCAUCAAUGGCGGGGAUCAGCAGCUCCACAGCUCUCUCUUUCACCAGCAGCAACGUAGGGACAAAGAGGCUGAAACCGGAGAUUCGGUCGAGAAGGAGUGUGUCCGGUGGCCGGAGAAAUCUGAGGGUAACGGCGGAGGUGAAGUUCGUGAACGGGGAGGAAGCGAAGCAGCUAAUAGCAGUGGAAGGAUACGCGGUGGUAGAUGUGAGGGACAAGACCCAGUUCGAGAGAGCUCAUAUCAAGUCUUGCCACCAUGCCCCUCUCUUCAUCGAGAAUCAAGACAACGACCUCGGGACGAUAGUUAAGAGGACACUGCACAAUAACUUCUCGGGUCUGUUCUUUGGGCUACCGUUCACGAAACUAAACCCGGAGUUUGUCCGAGCCGUUAGGAGCCAGUUUUCUCCUGAAAGCAAACUCUUACUCGUCUGCCAAGAAGGCCUUAGAUCUGCGGCUGCGGCUAACCAGUUGGAGAAAGCCGGUUUCGAGAACAUUGCCUGCGUAACGUCAGGGCUUCAAUCUGUCAAACCAGGGACAUUUGACUCGGUGGGUUCGACCGAGUUGCAGGACGCAGGCAAGGCUGGGCUGGUGACGAUACAAGGCCAGAUCUCGGCGGUCCUUGGAACUGUGCUCGUUUGUGCGUACUUGUUCAUCACCCUCUUCCCGGACCAAGCAGCUAAGUUACUUCCUCCGAGCUAGGAGACCGAACCCUAGUGGAAUGAUCGCUUUUGUCCUGUUAGAUGUAAAGGGGAAAACACUCCAAAGAAAAAAAAAAAAUAGAGGGCCAUUGUUUGGUAACA